UGUAUCCACAGGGUGUACUGCUCGUAUCAUCGCAAGGACAUUCAGCGGCACCGGUUCGAGACGCCGGAAGAGGAACUCAUUCACUUCCUGGAGCGGAUGAUGAAGCCGCCUAAUUUCCAGUGGCGGCCGGAACGAGUCCCGCUCAACGACUCCGACCCUGGUGACAAAGACCUCGUGCAGUUCUUGCUAUUCGACGCCAUGGCCACCGAUGUCUACAACGCCUCUGACAAUGGAGUGAAAUACGACAGUCCGGAAGAGACGCCGUCGGUGCUACGGGCGUUUGUGGCAACCCGGAGCGGACUGACGCGAUGGCGGGAUUACCACAAGGUACCACAGGAGCCAAUCGGGGCGCCGAUCACAGACGACGACUACGACGACACCGAGUACUACGCCGAGGACAUCAUGUGGAAAGAGAACAACGCAAAGGCGAUUGACGAGCCCUGGUAUCGGCGCACUGUCAUCUUCAACGAAGAAGAGUCGGAGGAGAACAGCUUCGUUUAUUCUGUGCCUUACGAUGCUUCCAACUACAACGAUUGCGUCGUCACUGUCACCAAGUCCAUCUUCCUUCACAAGCCUUCGGACUGGUACAAAAAGACUCCAGUAGCCGUCGUGGGAUUCCAGUUCAAGCAUUCUUACUUUUCCGAAAUAUUCAUGAACUUCACCAGGAAGUGUGCGGACAAACCCGGCGGCGGCGGCGGCGGUGGUGGUGGCGGCGGCGGGGACUCGUCUCACGGGGACAACUGCCACCUGACGUGUGCCAAAGAGACCCUCAACUGCUAUUUGCUGGAUGAACACGCCUGGGUGCUGGAGUCGGAGAAACCCGCGGAUGUGGGCAAGUUUUUCGGCAUCAUCGACGCGAGGAUCAUGGAUUCCCUGGUGCAGGACGACAUCUAUCCCAAGACCCACUUGUACGACUACCAGGGGGUCUGCUUGGCCGAAUACAAGCGCUCCGGACCGGGCAACACCCUGAUGAACCCAUUUACGCAGCUGGGCCAGUUGGCCACCUGGCUCUGGACAACCAUUGCGUGGUGCCUGGUCCACUUCAACUUGGCCUCAGUGUUCCAAUCUGCAUCUGUUUUUGGACAACAACACAGCUUCCCUAUGGACUACGAAAGCAACCACCAUUUGAGAGGUUCCGAUGAUUUCCACUACGACACUGAUAACAACGGCUAUGACACGGACUACGACAACCAAGUGCCGGACGGGCCACAGGCGCCCACGGAGCCCGCGCCCGGCGGCGGCGGCGGACAGGACGACCAGGAAGAGAUGGACGAGAGCUACUCGGACGCCGACUACGCCGACUCCUUCCUCGUGCCGCAAUUCGAGGACGCCUACAUCAACAAGACGAAGCCCAGGCCGUGUCCGCUGGAGGUGGACCUCGUCUACUUGAACGUGUCCAAGAUCCGGAAUGUGACCAUCAAGGGGAAACUGUCUGACUGCGGGGGACGCAAGGGCUGCUACAGUGCGGGUUUCCGAGAAACGGAACUGCAGUCAAACUUGGAUUUAAUGCCAUCAUGGUGCGGCGAGCACGAGACGCAGAGCCGGGCUCGUCGCGGCCUCACCGCCGUCCCGUCCGAAAUUGACGAGCUGAAGAACGCCACGGGGGAGAUGCGGUGCCGGUGGCUCAACCGCCGCCUCUACCGGCGCCACCCGUCGGACUGCACCAACUACCACGUCAGGCAAAUGAAGCUGCAGCAAUAA